CACUCGCACCGAAUUGAUUCGAAUCAUCGGGCAAAUGAAAAUGCGAACUACUCUUUCGGGGGGCGGCCGGGAAAUCUUUCUUCGUGUCCAAUCGCCUCGUGGGAUUGGGGAAGGAGAUGGCUCAGCCGGCGGUAAGAUCGGGCCUCAAGAAACUUCUUCCUCUUCGAGGGACGAUUCUUCUCCAUCGAUCUUCUGCGAGCAAUCCUCAUCGCAAAUUCUCCUCUGCGGCCCAUCACGAUGAUCUCCAUGAGACGAGCAAGUGGGAGAAGAUAACUUACGCCGGCAUCGCAACGUGCGCCGUGCUUGCUUUCUACAACCUGUCCCAGGGCCAUCACCACCAGGAAUCUCCGCCGCCAUACCCAUACUUGCACAUUCGCAAUAAGGAGUUUCCAUGGGGUUGAGGGUGAUGUUAGAGGUAGACUCCUAGUUGGCACUUGGCAGUUGUCAGAAGAUUGUUGAGAAACCUUUGUCCUCAUUUCCAGAGUUAGGGCCAAAAAGUUGGCUCUAGAUGAGAAUCUUCUAAAGCAAAACUUAGGCUUCGCAGGUGAGCCCAUGCAGAUAAGAGUGCCCAUUAUUGAUCCAUCGCUGGUCCAGCAUGAACCACACGCCAAAUGCAAUGGUUUUAGGAUGAUUUUCAGUGGCAUAUUUUGGAUGCUCUAGAUGCCAUUUACUGAAUGGUUCUGAAAGGAGCCCACUAGAAAGCAAGGAUGUUGUCACACAGUCAUCUAUUCCUAAUCCCCUAAGGUCAGCAGUUCCUCUGGAAGAAGGGAAGAGAAGUGGUUAAUUUGGCCUCUUAAAAUGCUUUGACCGAGUUUUGAGAGGAGUGAUUGUGGGCCUACUUUAAUUUGAGCCAAUUAAUGUGCUAAUGGUUGCCUGUUUGACAUGGUUCUGUCUUGGCAUAAAAAUCUC